AUGACGGCCGAUAAACUUUCAGACCAGGUCGUGGGAGAUGAGAAAGCCAUAUCAAAUCACCAGGAAGUCGCUGGACGUGGCCAGGCAGCUACCGACCAAUACGGACACGCCCUGCUGGAGUUCGACAAGGCCGCAGAGUCCCGACUACGAUGGAAACUGGACCUGUGUAUUGUCCCUACUGUCGCGGUGUUGUAUUUGUUUUGCUUUAUUGAUCGAGCGAAUAUCGGAAACGCGAGACUCGCUGGCCUGGCCACCGAUUUGGACAUGAAAGGAAAUGAUUACAACCAAAUACUCUCCAUGUUCUAUAUAUCUUAUAUUAUAUUCGAGAUUCCGAGCAAUAUCUGCUGCAAGGUGAUGGGUCCAGGAUGGUUCCUACCGUUAACAACCCUCUUAUUCGGCGCAGCAUCGCUCGCUACAGCCUUUGUUCAUACUGUGGGCCAGGCAUCAGGAGUCAGGUUCGUGUUGGGCAUAUUCGAAGCAGGCAUGAUGCCUGGCAUUGCAUACUAUCUAUCGCGAUGGUAUCGACGUAGCGAGCUAGCCUUUCGUCUAUCCCUUUAUCUCGUUACUGCGCCCCUUGCUGGAGCAUUUGGGGGCCUCCUCGCGUCUGCCAUCUUACGAUUAGACCACUUUGGUGGCCUGCAUACCUGGAGAAUGAUCUUUGCCAUCGAGGGCAUUGUCACCAUCGGCGUUGCAAUCAUCAGCUUCUUCACCCUCACCGACCGACCGGAAACUGCGCGCUGGUUGACCCAGGAGGAAAAGGACCUUGCGAUAGCCCGUCUCAAGGCAGAGCGCGUUGCCACAACAGAGGUUCUUGACAAGAUCGACAAGACGAAAAUGCUGCGCGGUGCUCUGUGCCCUGUCACAUUAGCAACUGCCUUUAUUUUCCUGCUUGACAACAUUACAGUUCAAGGUCUGGCAUUCUUUGCGCCGACGAUCGUUCAGACCAUCUACCCGGAUGCCACCGUUAUCAGGCAGCAACUCCAUACAGUCCCGCCCUAUAUCGUGGGCGCCUUCAUCAACCUGGUUAUCCCAUUCCUAAGCUGGCGCUGGGACAACCGCAUGCUAUUUUUCGUUAUAUCCCCGUUACUCAUGAUCAGCGGAUACAUCAUGUUCCUAGCAAGCACCGACGGAAAGGUGCGAUACAGCGCCACAUUCCUCAUAGCCAGCGGAGCAUUCCCCUUCGGAGCCCUCUGCAACGCCCACGUCUCAAACAAUGUUGUAUCCGACACUGCACGGUCCGCAGCAAUCGGCACAAAUGUCAUGCUCGGGAACAUCGGAGGCCUCAUUUCAACGUGGUCAUUCUUGGAUUUCGAUGCUCCGGACUAUCAUAUCGGGAACGGCCUGAAUCUGGCCACGGCUAGUAUGAUUAUGAUUCUGAGUGCGAUUCUCUGGGCUUGGAUGGAGUGGGAUAAUAAGAAGAGGGAGAUGGUUGAUAUUAAUGAGGCCCUCGCGGGCAUGUCGCAGAAACAGAUCCAGGAUCUGGACUGGAGGAACCCGGCUUUUAAAUGGCGUCCAUAA